AUGGAAGAAUCGUUUGAAAUUAAUGAAACAAAUCACAAAUACAAAUUCUAUUCAAUGAUAAAGAUCAUUACAAAGAAUAAUUGUAUUUUCCCAUAUUGUGGAAUUAUAUUUGAAGAAAAAUCUAAUUCAACACAGCCAAAUAUAUAUCAUUGCAAUGGAUUCAAUCAUUUGUUUGAAGAAAGGUCUCUCGUUUGCCAGCUUUUCGUUUCACAGUUAGGAUAUAACUCAUUUAGUCUUCAGAAUUAUGAAGCAACAACAAUCAAAGUUUCCAAAUCAGAUAAAUUCAACACAUUUGUUGUUUUCCACUCAAUACAAUACACCAAUGAAUCAUCAAGAAGAAUCAUUUCAAGUUGUGUCAUGAAUCCAGAUUUCAUAUCAGUUUUGUGUGGUAAACACGACAUUGAGUUCACAGUGUAUCAAUUAGCUAAAGAUUGUAUCAUUAAAUACAAUGUGAAUUAUUUCAAUGAUUUAUAUUUCACAAAUUCAGAAACAUCAGAAAACAGUACAUAUUGUGUCAUCCAUUUAGGAACAAGUGAUAUGACAACAGUUUUAUUCAAAGAUUCAAAAACAUCUGAUUUGAAUUCAUUUUCAUAUUAUGAUUCAUUUUCUAUGGAAUCAACACCAGUUAUUAUCAAUGAUGAAUUCACAACAAUUGAAGACAAGAAAUCAUUUAUUCUUGAAUACAAAGUUGGUGAAGGCAAUCCAUAUGGUCAUGUUGGUAUCACACACAACACCAAUAUAUAUUCAUGA